UUGAUCAAGCGUUUAUCUUUCAUUAAAAUCAUGACAAAAGAUAACAUAAAUCCGCCGUUUGCAAACGGAUAUUGGGUCUGGGACGACGUUGCCAACGGCCUAGCUUUCAUCAGUCGUGAUGUCAAAGAAGCCACUCCAGGAUUACCUGCAGCCGGAGCAGCGCAACCUGCCAAAAAGGACAAAAUGGGUCAAAUCAGGUUUAAAGACACUGUUGAUAAUUUAGGCUUGGCCCAAUUUCGGCGCAUCUAUCAGCGAAGAAUCAAACCAACGGAGCCCCAAAUCGUCACAAUUCAAGACAUCAAAGACGUGGCAAUUUUCACAGCGGAGCGACAAGAUUUAACUCCCGAAUUUAUAGACUUCAUGCAUACACAACGAAUGGAUGAAUUUCUGCGCACUUUGGUCGUAUAUUUCCAAUACUAUUUCCAGGUUUGGGAUAAUUUAAUUCUGCGACGUGAAGAAGCCAAACGCAAAUUGCGACAACCUAUUGUCACUGUUUUGGAAAACAUAGUCCGAGAUAAUUUAGCCGACUUGCGUAGCAUGGUUGCCCGCAACUACGGUUUCAUAUUAAUGGGUCUCGAAGACACCUUCAAGUAUUACCAUAUGGGCAACCGCAACAAUGUUUCGCUUUCUGAUAAAGAUCGCCAUUUGCACGAGUGUCUCUUAAGCAUGGCUGCGAAAAUCGUAUGGAUUGCUUUGCUACGUAAAAACUUCACUGUCAUCGAAAUUGAAUUAAAUCGGCUGUUCAGAACUGAAAUUUUCAACACAAUGUGUCGCAUCAGACAGUCUACUUUCCAGACUAACGCUGAGGAGAAUCGUGUUUUAUUAGGCAAAGCCUUCACUCCUGAAAAGAAACUCAAACAUCGGUCUCCUGCCGUCCAGGAGUUAAUCUUCGACAACCAUUGCUAUAAAAUGCUAGCCAUUGGUCUCCUCCAAGUCGAACCAGUUGCAGAACGAAUCGCGUAUUUAGAAGCCGCCUACACCGCCCCUGAAGAAAUUUUGUUCGAUAUUCAAGUCGGUGUAGGAAUUUUGGGGCUUUCCAAAGACUACUUAAACCCGAUUUUGAUGCCAAAGGAAGGCAUGGCCAAAAGAAUUCACAUUCCGCUGUUUAAAAUGCCGGAAAUGAAAAUAAACGAAUGGGAUAUAGUGACUGAGACUUUGCCAGAGGUGCCCCCUAAAUGGACUGAAACGGAACAGGCGAGGAGUGCGAGGAUAAGUCAAGGGAAAAUGUGGCGGCGUUAUGCAGCAGGGCUGCCAAUGAAAUUAACAGAUGUGCUAAGUGCAAACAUUGAAUCAGCUUCUGGAAGUUAUUUAUUAUCAGGAUCACAUGAUGACGACGACAGGUGAUUCCUAAGAUAAUUCAAUAAAUCAU